AUGAAAGUGCAUUCAGUUUUACUCUAUUAUUUUUCAGUCAUAACAGUAAUAAGUGUUUACUUUUAUGGAAUUAAUCAAAAUUACCAACGUGGGUUUAAACUUAAAUUUAUGAAGUAUAAGGAAAUACAAUGGGUAAGAAAUUUAGCAGAAUCUAGCAUCGAAGAGAAGGGACUGGCAGAUAAUUCAGAUGUUGAACUAGUAUUGAAAAGGGAACUGAUUGGAAAGAAUUUUGAUAAUUUAACAAUUCCAUUUUUAAAUUUAACAAGUGUAUUGCUUAAGGAUUAUGAUAAAAUCUUGGAAAGAAAGAAAAAUGAUCUUAGUUAUAUAUAUAAUACUUUAAUUAGUAUCAACAGUGAAUUGUCUGCUUUUUUAAAAGAUUCACUUGCUGAUUCAAAAAGUCAUAUAAAUAAGAUAUUUAAGGAUCCAAAUUAUUUUGCUGAAUUAAAGUCAGAAUUAUAUGCAUACAGUAGAGGAAAUGUGAUUCUACAUGUUAAUGAGAAUGACGUACGUUUAUUAAUUAAUAAGAAAGAUGGAGAUGAAUAUUUAAAAAGGUUACAUUUUAAUAAAGAUAUUACUUUAGACUUAGAAAAUUCUUUCGAUUACUUUAAUGAAUUAAGUGAAAAGAAUAAUAUAUUUUCCCCUAAACUUGAUGAUGCUUGGAAUUAUCAAAUGCAUGCAAGAUUAUAUUUAGAUGAAUCUAUUGGCAUAUUCCCUUUAAAAUAUCUUUAUGAAUACAGAUACAAUUCAGAUAAUGUAAAAGAUGAAUCUUUUGCUUAUUUUUAUAUUGUAAUGGAUUCUCUUUUAUAUGAAUUUCAUCAUCAUUUAUUUAAGGAUAAAAAAUAUGAUAAAAAUUUAGAAUUUUUUAAUCGUUUAUUUAGCAAGGAUAAGAAAGAUGUUGGAAAUUUUUCUGAAACUAUAGAUCUUGAACAUUUGAGUUCUUUAGUUAAUUCAUCUAAUAUCCUAUUAGAUGAAUUAUUAAUAAAAAAAACUAGUGAAUUAUUUAUGAACAUAAAUAUUGAACCAAAUACUGGAAUUAAAAAGAUGAUAGGUUUCAUUGCAUAUAUACUUGAAACAGAUCGUUCUAAAAAUGAAUCUAUGUUAGAAAAUGUGAAAACAUGGUACGGGGGAAAAUAUGAAAAUCCAAUUUUGGAUAAUAUAUAUGAAUCAUUUUUACAAGAAAAAGGAGAUAUAGAAAAAUCCUCAGAUUCAUUUAAAGAAUAUGUAAAAACUAAAUAUAAUAUUGAUGUCAACAGUGAAAGCAUUAGGUCAAUGGUAAAAAUACUUCAUAGUUUAUCUAAUGAAAAGGAAAUUAAGGGAAUAUUUGGUGCUAUUGUACACUUAUUAUUGUGUAAGAAACAACUAAGUGAAUAUUCGAAUUUUCUAGAAUUACUUAAAUCAAAAAGUAAGAAGUCACACACUAGUUCAGUUGUGCAUAUCUCAGGGGAUAAAUCUAGAGAUUUAGUGCCAAAAUUUAUGGAUCUUUAUGAAAGAAACCGUUUUUUUAACAAAAUAUAUAUUAGCGAUAUUGGUAUAAAUCGAUCAUUAAUAGAAUUGUGGAAAAAUGCAAAAAAGUUAAGCGUCCUUAAACGUUUGGUACACUUAUUAAAUAAAGAAUUAAUUAAGUCAAAAAGUACAUACUUUGGUUCUGGAAAAAUAAAAUCAGUAAACAAAAAUGUAAUUUUAUUUUUACUUUAUAGUAUUAAAGAAUCUGAAGAUAUAUAUGACAAAUAUGGGUUAUCUAAAUUUUUUUAA